AUGCGAAAGAUAUGCUUUUUACCAAACGUGGCUCAAGUGAAUGUGGCAAUAGUGAUCCCAAAAGGAAGCCGUCAAAACACAAAAGGUGAAGAGCCCACCAACCACACGCAAGUACACAUACUUUUUAGCGGUCACCUUUUUCCCGGCCCAUUGCCGAUCGCAGGCCCAUGUGAUCGAGUGGCCCACGAAUCUGGAACCGGGAGAUAUUUUUCUCUCCACGGCCCCAAAUCGACGGUGCAGAGGCGACGGAGCAGGGGAAAGGUGGUGAAAAAGGCGAUUGGGUUUUUCGUUGCCGGAGGUAGGAUGGUUAAUACGCUGCUUGGCGUGCGGCUGCCGGCUGCGCCGCCGGCGUACGGGCUGGGGAGUAAUCGGUGGAGCUCGGGUGUUGAUAGGAGGAGUACCAAUCUCUGUUAUUUCAUGAAAAAUAAGUCUAAUUCGCGAAAGAUUUUUUGUGGAAAGCCUUAUGAACCUGGCUCUCAAUCUCCUAUGGCAACAGUAUCAGAGAAAGUCCUUUUCCAAGGGUUUGGAUCGUGUUUCUCGUUGACGAUAAAGGCUUGCGUUUUUUUGGCCUCGGUUCAAUUGCUUAAUCCAAUAGAUUGCUCUAUUGAACACAUGAAUAUUUCCAUUUGGACACGUGACUCAUUUAUGAAAGUGAAAGGAGAAAAGACUGUAAAACUGAUAUCAGGUGCUGUAGAAAGCACAGAAACUGAACACCGGAUGGAAAUUGAGGAUCAAGAAAAGUUGGUUGAGCUGCGAACUCCUGAUGAUACCAUUAGAGGCGAAAACUCUACUUCUGUGCCGCUACAAGAUGAAUAUAGUGAAUCGAAAAAUGAAGGAACGCCAGACUCAACAUACGAACCAAUAAGUGAUGAAUCAUCAAGGGUCAGAAAGAGGGUCAUUCCUCCACCGGGAAUUGGUCAAAGGAUAUAUGAAAUAGAUCCACUUCUUAGCAAUUACCGUGAACAUCUCGAUUAUCGGUAUGACCAAUAUAAAAAGCUCCGCGAAGCAAUUGACAAGUAUGAAGGUGGACUAGAAAAGUUUUCUCGUGGUUAUGAGAAACUUGGUUUUAAUUGCAGUUUUGCUGCUAUAGCACCUGAUGAUCAGAAUCUGUUAUGGCAUUAUGGGUUACUUGUUUUACGUAGUAGAUUAUCAGUCUCAAUGUUGACAAUGUUUUUGUAUUUUGCCAGUGAAACAGGUAUCACUUACAGGGAGUGGGCACCUGGAGCCAAGUGGGCAACACUAAUUGGAGAUUUCAACAAUUGGGAUCCUAAUGCUGAUGUUAUGACUCGUGAUAAGUUUGGUGUUUGGGAGAUCUUUUUACCAAACAAUGCAGACGGUUCUCCUGCUAUCCCCCAUGGUUCCCGAGUAAAGAUUCGUAUGGAUACUCCAUCUGGCAUAAAAGACUCUAUUCCAGCUUGGAUCAAGUUUUCGGUUCAGGCUCCUGGUGAAAUUCCUUACAAUGGAAUAUAUUAUAAUCCUCCAGAAAAGGAUACUGUCAUAUUCUUUCUCGUGGAAAAGCUUCUUGAGUCUUGCUUUUCUGCAUCUUGGUUUCUAAAUAGUAGUCUGAGAAGCUAUGGUGCUUCUUUCCUCUCUGAAAAGUAUGUUUUUAAACAUCCUCGUCCAAAGAAGCCAAAAUCACUCCGGAUAUACGAGUCUCAUGUUGGAAUGAGUAGUACGGAGCCAAUAAUCAAUACCUAUGCCAACUUCAGAGAUGAAGUUCUGCCCCGUAUCAAGAGACUUGGGUAUAAUGCUGUUCAGAUAAUGGCAAUUCAGGAGCAUUCAUAUUAUGCCAGUUUUGGUUACCAUGUGACGAAUUUCUUUGCACCAAGCAGUCGCUUUGGAACACCAGAUGAUCUCAAGUCUUUAAUCGAUAAAGCUCAUGAUCUGGGCUUGGUUGUUCUCAUGGAUAUUGUACACAGCCACGCAUCGAAUAAUACUUUGGAUGGGCUGAACAUGUUUGAUGGUACCGACAGUGGAUACUUUCACUCUGGACCACGAGGUUAUCAUUGGAUGUGGGAUUCUCGUCUGUUCAACUAUGGACAAUGGGAAGUUCUAAGAUUUCUUCUAUCUAAUGCAAGAUGGUGGUUGGAUGAGUAUAAGUUUGAUGGUUUCAGAUUUGAUGGUGUGACAUCAAUGAUGUAUACACACCAUGGUUUAGAGGUGGGAUUUACUGGUAACUACAAUGAGUACUUUGGGUUUGCAACGGAUGUGGAUGCUAUGGUGUAUUUGAUGCUGGUUAAUGAUCUAAUUCAUGGACUGUUUCCUGAGGCGAUUACCAUUGGCGAAGAUGUUAGUGGCAUGCCAACUUUCUGUAUUCCUCUUCCAGAUGGUGGUGUUGGAUUUGACUAUCGUCUACACAUGGCAAUUGCUGAUAAAUGGAUUGAAAUUCUUAAGCAAAGGGAUGAAGACUGGAGAAUGGGAGAUAUUAUACACACUCUUACAAACAGAAGGUGGCUGGAAAAAUGUGUUUCAUAUGCAGAAAGUCAUGACCAAGCACUGGUUGGCGAUAAAACUAUUGCAUUCUGGUUGAUGGAUAAGGAUAUGUAUGAUUUCAUGGCACUGGAUAGACCAUCCACUCCCUUAAUAGAUCGUGGAAUUGCAUUACACAAGAUGAUCAGGCUCAUCACAAUGGGAUUAGGUGGAGAAGGAUAUCUUAAUUUUAUGGGAAAUGAAUUUGGACAUCCUGAGUGGAUAGAUUUCCCUAGAGGAGAUCAACAUCUCCCUGAUGGCAGAGUCAUUCCAGGAAAUAAUAACAGUUACGACAAGUGCAGGCGCAGAUUUGAUCUGGGUGAUGCAGAUUAUUUAAGAUAUCGUGGUAUGCAAGAAUUUGACCAAGCAAUGCAGCAUCUUGAAGAACAAUACGGUUUCAUGACAUCAGACCAUCAGUAUAUAUCAAGAAAGGAUGAAGCUGAUAGGAUAGUUGUAUUCGAGAGGGGGGACUUAGUCUUCGUCUUCAAUUUUCAUUGGAGUAAUAGUUAUUCAGAUUAUCGGGUAGGCUGCUUAAAGCCAGGAAAGUAUAAGGUUGUUUUGGACUCGGAUCAUCCACUGUUUGGAGGCUUCAGUAGAGUAAAUCAUGAAGCAGAAUAUUUUACCUCUGAAAUGCCGCAUGACGACCGGCCUCAUUUGUUCCUAAUAUAUGCACCUUCUAGAACAGCGGUGGUCUAUGCCUUGACAGAAGAUAAAGCUGAAACAGAUGAUGCUGAAUUAGGCGAGGAGAGCAUAAGAACAGAGAACGAAAAUUCUCUUCUCCCGUUCCUUCAUAUCUCCAAGAUUUUCUUCAAUUAUUGGACCGAUGUUUUUGGAGGGAACAAGCAUGAAAUGAAAUCCAUGCUGGGUUGGGUAGAUCUUAGGUCGAGCUCAUUGGAGUGCUUGAAGCAUGACAUCAGCUCGAGCCAAUAUUGCUUAACGAAACAGACCCUGGGAAUUGAGGAGAGAAAAGAAGUACGACCUUCCUCUCGGGCUCGUUCAACCCGUUCGUCCACGGAGGCCUUGAGCCUACUCGGCUUGGAAUCCUUCGCCGCGAGCUCGGCACCUUUUGCCUGCAGCUUAGCACCCUUCGCCCGGAGCUCGGCACCCUUGCCGUAA